UAAACCUAAACCUUUAAAUUGUACCCUUGGUUUCGAUAACAUUUAUGUCCUUAAUCUCGACAAGAGGGGAGAUAGACGUGAAAUGAUGAAUCACUUAGGACAAUUUCAUGGAUUAUGUUUUAAUUAUGCCAAAGCUGUUGAUAAAAAUGAUGAAAUAGCAAUUAGCAGACUUAACAAGAAAGAUGAUGUAGAUAUGGAACUUGAAAUUUUCGAUAUUAUGUCUGGUAUUCAUCGUAAUUUACCUAACGACUGGGAGAUUCUUUAUCUUGGACAUUGUCACGAAUGGCAAGGAGACACCAAAAUUCUUGAUAAUGAAUUAAUUGCUAAUCAUAAUAAAUUAUACACUGCUGUACAUCCACAGUGUACACAUGCUUAUGCUAUUACAGCCUCAGCUGCCAAAAAGUUAUUGGAAAUUCUUGAUAUCGAUCACACUAAAGUUGACAAAGCUAUUGAUGUAGAGUUGGCCAAUCUUAUUCGAUACAAAAAACUCAUUGCUUAUGAGGUUCAUCCACAGAUUAUAACUCAAUGGAAAGCUAAGACUGACAUAUCAGAUACUAUACCUGAUUUUGUAGAUGAUACUUAUUAUUUGACAAAUUCAACCUUAGAGUUUCUUGAAAUACAUGUCGAACUAGUUAUUGGUGAAGGAGAUCAGGCAGUAUCACUAUGUAUAAUUGAUUGCUGGAUUUCUGCAUUUAGAGCUGAAGAUGAGGAGGUUGAAAAUAAGUCUUGUUCUGAGCAUCCUUACAAAGCCACCACUUCAAAAGCUAUUGCUACAAUCAAGAAAUUGACCCUCAUAUUACUACUAGAGGAUUGGUGA